AUGUUCAAUCUAUCAUCCCUUUUGAUUUCCUUCUUUCUUGUUACACUCUUUGGAUAUACCUCGGCGCAUAGUGCUGAUGAAUGGCGAACCCGAAUUAUCUAUCAAAUUGUAACGGAUCGUUUUGCUAAAGACGAUGGAAGCACCGAUCAGCCUUGCAAUCCAGCUUCUAACAGCUACUGUGGUGGUACAUGGAAAGGUAUUGAAAAAAAAUUAAACUAUAUCGAAGAUCUUGGUUUUACAGCCAUUUGGAUUUCACCUGUUGAUGAGAAUAUUGAGGGUGAUCCCGAUAACGCUGGUGAGGCCUACCACGGUUAUUGGAACACGAAUUACGAAAAACUCAAUAAGCAUUUCGGUACCGAAGAUGAUCUCGUCAACUUAAUUAACGCUGCUCAUAAGGCUGGCAUAUGGGUUAUGCUUGAUACCGUUGUUAACUCUAUGGCAUUGGUUGGUCCUUACGACCAAAUUGAUUAUUCCAAAGUCUCUCCUUUUAACGGCCCACAAUAUUUUCAUCCUUAUUGUAUCAUUGACUGGAACAAAAACAAUAGGACAAAUAUUCAAGACUGCUGGCAAAAUUCUGGUGUACUUCUUGCUGACUUGAAUGUGGAAAGCUCCUCUGUUAAAUCUUACCUCAAUAAACAUAUUAAACAAGCCGUGAAUCAUUUGGGAUAUGACGGUCUUCGUAUAGAUGCUGUGAAGAUGAUGAACGAAACAUUUUUUCCAGAGUUUGUCGAUUCUGCCGGUGUAUUCGCUAUCGGUGAGGUUUUCGAUUACGAUCCAAAUGUCAUGUGUGAUUACAUGAAUUACCAUUUGGGUGUAACCAACUAUGUUGUUCGUUUGGGUUUUAACUUUAGUUUUAUGGCUCAUGACCAAUUUGCCCCGACAGCGGGUUUCAAAACACUUCAAGAUCAAAUGAAAUUGGUUACCACUGGUAAUUGCUCAAAGGCUGAUCUUGGGGGUAUGCUUAUUUUUUUGGAUAACCACGAUUUGCCCCGUUAUGCUUCUUAUACUGAUGAUCAAGCAAUUAUCUUGUCCGCGUACAGUUUUGCUCUUCUGUGGGACGGUAUUCCUUCUGUUUAUUAUGGGCAAGAACAAGGUUUUUAUGGUGGAACAGAUCCUGCCAAUCGUGAAGCUCUUUGGUCUUCUGGUUAUGAUCAAACUAAUCCUUACUAUACUAUGAUUAAAACUAUAGUCAAUUUCCGAAAACACGUUAUGGAACAAGAUACCAAAUUUACUCAUGAUACUUAUGACAUUGUGGACGUUGAUGUGAAUCAUGUGGCAGCUAAAAAGCGCGAUGUUUUCCUUCUAUAUAACAACCUUGGCAUCAAAGAUAAUGGAACUGUUUACAAAGUUCCUACUCAGUACAACGAAAAUGAGGUUGUUUCCGAUGUAUUUGGACAUCGAACUUUAACUGUUGGACAUGGAGGUAAUAUUACCGCUACACUAACUCAUGGAUAUCCAAUGGUUUUGUACCCUCAUACAAAAUUGUCUGACUUUACAAUGCCUACAAUUAAUCAAACUGUCAUGCCCAGUACUGCUCGUGAAAAAACUACUACCGUCUACACUUCAUUUUAUUCUCCUACUUAUUCUACUCGCUCUUUUGCUGGUUCUCAUAGUCUCAUUACAAUGUCCUCUUCUCAUCGGGCUAUUCCCUCAUUUGAGACAUUAUUUUUCGCUUUUGUCUUUACCACUUUGGCUUUCAUAUUCUUUUGUUAA